CAAACAAGGGGGGGGGGGGGCAGGAGAGCCGGGGACGAAAGGCUGGCGUUCGCCAUUCCGGGCCUUGUGCCGCCUCACGGGCCCGCCGCCUCCGCUCAGCCCGCUGGUUGAGCUGAGCCUGAGGGGCGCGCUGACAGCUGCAGGGGAAAGUGAGGCAAAGCGGGCAGGUGUGUGCAAGACGACGGAGCGCCUGUAGGCCUCCAGCCCGGAGCUGAGAGUGAGCUCCUGUACCUGUCAGUCUGGACUGACCGGUAAGAGCACAGCCCUAAUAAGGAAGUCUGAAGUGAAAGCGAAUCUCUCGGAGGGCUUUAAAUCAAAUUGGCGAACGCACAGGAGGCAGAUGCAGCGCACACGGGAACACCUUAAAAAUUAUGAUCACUGGAAGCCCGCGGGGGACUGAGAGAAGGGGGUGUGCUUCUGCCAGUCCUGAAUGUGGGAAUUCAACUGAUGAUGACAUCACUCAGCAGCUGAAGAGCGUCAGAUUCUCCCCCGGCAACCCUGUGAGCCAGUCCCAGCGAGAGACCGAAGACAUGCAGUCCCGGACUGAAUGAUCUCCCGAUCGCCCGGACGUCGUAAAUCGCUGUCGCCCGCGCUUGUGCGCCGAAUCCUGCCGGAUCCUGCCCUGGCGUCGUAGAGCCCGUUCUCCCGGUUUCGUCGUGCGGGCCUGGCCGUGGGUGAAGCCGCCAUCAUGUCGAACUCUCAGGAGCAGAGCCUGAACGAGGACGUGGCGUUCGCCCCCGUGCAGGAGACGAGCCCUGAGUUCCUGCACUGCGAGCGGGAGCGGCGGGCGCUGGAAUGCCUCCUGACGGAGGGGCCCGCGGCCUUCCACUCAAAGCUGGAGCAGGAGCGGCUGGGCUCCUUCCUCGCCCCGGAGGAGGUCGCACAGAUCCGCGGGUGGGCGCAGGACUACCGCUGCGGCCAGGCGUCGCCAGGGGACGAGGAGGAGGCGCCCGGGGGGGAGAGGCUCCCCUCCAGCUAUUGCCCGGAGCGCACGGACACGCCCCUCCCCAGCCUGCAGCUGGGCUGGCCGGAGAGGCACUGCUGGCCGAACACUGGCAGCACUCUGGUCUACACCAACCCCCCUGUGCCGGGGUCCCCGGCCAUACGGGAGGUGCUGAGAAGGAUGAUCCAAGGAGCUCAAACGCUGGUUGCCGUGGUGACAGACAAACUGACAGACAGCGCUGUGGUUGGUGACUUGCAUUGUGCUGCAUCUCGGGGCGUGCCAGUUUACGUGGUUCUAAACAAGAGAUCCGUCCAGGACAGCAUCAUCUCCCCAAGACUAAUGCACCAGAACAUUCGGGUUCGAGUCUUGGGAGGGAAGACGUUCUGCUCCCGGGAUGGGAAGAUGGUGGUGGGGGAACUGAAGGAGAACUUCGUCCUUGUGGAUCUGGAUGCCGUGAUGGUGGGCAGCUACAGUCUCACUUGGUCGGAUGCCCACCUGCACCGGCAGCUGGUGACGGUGUUGCAUGGCCCAGUGGUGGAGUGUUUCGACAAGGAGUUCCGGAUCUUGUACGCAGCAUCGACGCCCAUCACCGAGUCCUGCUGGGCAAACGACACCCUGUUGAGAAUGGAGAACGUCUUCCAGUCAAACCAUGCCCCCAAACCUCUCUCAUUGGGUAUCCUAAGCGAGGACGAGAUGUGGCCACCGUCCACAAAUGACCCAAUAGACUGGGAGGCCCUUGGAGUGUUCAAGAAAGAUAAAUUCGCGGACAAUCCUUUAAAUCUACCUGGGGAUUUUGUGGGACUAUCGCUGUCUCCGCUCCCUCAGUUUGAACGCUGGACAACACUGGAGCCAGAGCCUCUCGUAAGAAGGAUGGAGUUUCAACGAUGUGUCCCUCCACCAUAUGAAGAGCAAAGCAGAAACCAUCUGUUUAUGACUGAGACCCGUUAUUCCCAUGGCAGUGAAAACCUACACUGGAACACAGCCAGGCCUGAAGGAAUUUUUUACAAACCGCAAUCUUGGCAAAAAAUCUAUGAACCUGUAUCUAUGAGACAGACUGUCCGGUCAAACAUUUACAGAACAAGGAGUCAUUCAAUGGAGGAGACAAUGUCCUAUCCAUACAAUCAACAAAUAAAUGAGGAAAAUGGACUGGCCCACUUCCAUCUCAAGAAAGACAGCGAUUAUGGGGUGUGGUCAGGACCUCAGGUGAUUGGUCAAGGCCACAGUGGUGAGAAGGGCAGUCGACUCUCAAAGAAGCCUCUUAUUCUCAUGUUGCCUGUUCCUGAGAACGAUGGUUCCAGUGAUGUCAAUGAUAUUCUCAAAGGCUUAAAGACAGAAUACAAUUCCCCAGAAAAUCCGCUAAGCAGCAUGAUAAAAAGCAAAGGGACCAGCAUGUCUGAGCAAGACCUGGGGUUUCAGCCCACAGAGACAGGCCAGCAGGACUACACACUUCCUGCAUGGAGGUCACAUGCCAGUGGUUCCGUUAAGCCCCGUGUGACCCCUGCCCAAACGCUGAUGAAGACACGUAAUGAUGAGGUGAAGGCUGCGCCCUCCAGACUCCCCCAAAUCUACACAAGCCCCUUCAGACCCCGUACUUCCACCGACAUCAGCAGGGACUGGGAGAGGCCACAACAGGACUGGGACAGGCAGUUGCAACAGGACCAGGAACGUCACUUGGAUGGGGGUCAUUGACUGUGGUGCAGGGGCUGGGGCUAGGUGAAGGUGACGGAGAUCAUAACAGCUGAAAUAAAUGUGACAAACGCUGAAUACGCCAAUAAAUGCUGUCCUCACCGUGGGGCACCUGCUUCUGUGGCCGAUUUGCUUCUAUUACUUCAUAAUCCAUGACAGUAGUUUAGCAUAUGCUCUUGUCCAGUGGAACUUGCAGUAUGAGAGAACACAAGUGCAUCCACCAGAUUUACACAAGCAACAGAC